UCGACUUUUCAUGUGGAGUUAAUAACAUAUUUGCCACUCUAUUAUUGACUCGCCCCGAAUAUCACAAUGAAUUCCCACCUAAGGCCCAAGUAUAAACCUUAGAUGGGUGCAAUAUAGGGCAAGUAUGUUUAAAUAUCAACCCGGGCCGAUCAGUGUACCCCUACUUCCAUUGUUUGAAGCAUUAUCCAGCGAAUUGGUUUUUGGUUGAAAACUAUGAGAUUUAAAUCAAAACAAAGCAAAGGUAAAUGGUUUAAAAGUUCUAGAUGCGAAGGAUCACUCGGGUAUCGCUUCCCCCUAACUACUACCAUGGCACAUGGAAUCGAAUUAAUCAUCAUGGGCAAGGUGACCGCGAACCGCAAGGAAAUGCAAUUAUGGUCGUAGACCACACUCUCGAUUGCCAAACCAAGGGAUACAUUAUAGGCUACUCAAGAAGCCCUCCUGGUUAAGGCAAGCGAGGGUUGACUUACUCUCUCCCUCAACACAAUGGUUGAACCGCUUAAUCGUGCUUAACCAAAUUGUUUAAUUCAAGAUAGAGGUUUGCCCUACAUUAACCUAGAUAGGUGGCUUAAAAGCCCAAAGAAUAUCAACUCAAUUGAGCCUCCUUUGAUAGGGGGUUUUCCCUCUAGGCUAGGUUAGAAUGGCCAAUUGGAUUGCUAAGCACAAACAUGCACAAUCAUCAUGAAAAAUACCUCAAUAAAUUAAACAACACCCAUAAACAAUCAUUCAAUUCACACAGCAACUACAUGGCAAAUAGUUAGGGUUUCACAACACCCAAGUGAAAAAGAGUACUACUCCAUGCUAGAAAGGGGAAGAACACAAGAGAAAGAGGUAGAAACCAUCAUGAUGAUGCCUCCAAUCUCCUCUAAGCUUGUGUUGAUCUUCUCUUGGGCAAAUUCUUCCCGAUUCACCACUUGAAGCAAACCCUAGCAUUCCUUCUUCCUUGGUUCGUCCUUUCUCUCGCUAAAAUCUGAAGAAGAAGACACUUUCUCACUCUUGGGCUCCCCCUCUCUCUUCCUUUAAGCUCACAUUUUAUACCAGGAUCGGGCUCAGUUCACGGCCAUGAACUCUUCAACGCGUCCAUGAAAACAGAGCGCUGUUUCGAAACGCACCGCUUCACCAUAAGGAGUUCACGGUUUGCCCUCAAUGUUCAUGGUCUUGUUGACCGUGAACUCGCCUUGCGCCAGUAACUGCAAAUUUCUCCCUGGAAUCCUCGCGGUUCACAGUUUUGGGCUUUAGUUCAUGGCCAUAGGAGACCGUGAACUCUAAUGAUAACCCGUGAACCUCUCCUGAAUCACCCUCUUUGCGCAGCCUUUGCCUCUUUUCGUCCAACUUUCAACUCCGGGACUGGUUUCACCCGUUGGAUCAUGAAACAACUAAAACACACAAAACCUAGUGUAAAAUCACCCUUUUAGGAGUUUAAAUGCUACAAACGCCAAAGGGAAACGGGGAUAAAAUGUGUGCAAUUAGGCAAGAAUCAAUUAUUCAAUCGGAGAUCAAUUGACAACUCGGGAGAAGAAACUUGGGCAUGACCCGAAGAAGAAUGAAUUUCUAGCUCAUUAUAUUGACAAAGAAUCAUGUAAGCUUGUCAUGAAAAGAAAGAGAACAAGAAUACGAGCAUAUGGGAUCAAACGACAAUUGAAUCAGAGGUCAAACGAGCGUAUACGAAGCUUAGAAGUGCAAUUGGAAAAUGUGCACGGCCGUGCGAGUUUUCUAGGGAGUUUGCACGGCCAAAAACUCAAUUUUCACGGCUGUGCAAGUCGGUGGCGCGAAUUUCAGUGGGUAUAAAGGCGGUUUUGCAAUUUUUGGAGAGGGACAACUGGGUUUUGGAUCCCAAACACCCAAGGGACGAACCCUAGAGAGAGAGCCCCUUGGUAUCAUUCUUAGAGCUAUUUUUGGAGGAUUUAUUCACCAUUAGAUCUCGAGAAUCAAGCUUGGAGAUGGAGAUUGAAGAUCUAGAUCAAAUUUAUGCAUUCUCUCUUUCUCUAUGGAGUAACUUCCCUUCAAUUAGGUUGUGAGGAACCCUAGCUAUGUUUGUUUGAUUGGAAUAUUGUGUGAGUACUCCUAUUUGAUAAUCUUGAGUUCAUAAUCAAUCUAUGCAUGUUUUCAUGAUUCAUUUCUGCUUUAGUCAAGAUUAUUGAUUCUGCUUUGAUCCUAUGAGAGCGAAUACCUGAUUAGGUCAAUAUAGCACCAUAAAUUGAUAGUAUUGGAUCGAUUACUUUAGUCGAGGGUCGAUUCACUGCUUUGUAUAGAUUGAGAACCUCAUUUGAUAGAGGGAAUCUAAUUCAAAACGACUUGAUCGGUUGUUCUAGAGAAGGAUACGUUUCUCUAGGCAAUCAAAUCAAGAGGGCCUUGAUUUAUUUAGUCGAGAUUCAAGGUCUAGUCACAGAUUCUCCGCAUUGUGAAUGAAAGUUAAACAGGUUAGAGAUCAUCAACCAUUAAUAUGGUUAGUGGCUAGGGGGAAUCAUACCUAAGUGAGUUCCCAACCUGUAAUUAGUAGUCUAAUCUAGAGUAGCUUGUAGGAGUAGUUUAGUUCAUCAAACUGUAAUCUAAUUCGCUAGAUAACAAGGUGAAGCUAAGUAAUAGUAAAUCUAGAGACCUCGUGGAUUCGAUAUUAAUUACUUGCACCACUGUACUGCAUACCCUUUCAUUGGUUACACUUGGCCACUGUUAGGAGUUGUGUUUUAGCGAGUCAAGUUUUUUGUGCCGUUGCCGAGGACUUUCUAGAUUAUUAUGAAAGACAGAACUUUGUUAAUUUAGCUUAUCUUUCUUUUGUUUUUCUUUUCCAUCCUUGCUUUUCACUUGAGUGUUUUGUUUUGUUGGUGCAAAUAUGAAACCUGGAUCCUCAUGGCCUCUCCAACCAUUGGGGGUAUCCACCACCAUGCGAGUGGUAUUACCCCGAGACUUCUUGGAGUAAUCGAGGAAGAUAAGACUACGGAUUUGGGUUUCAGUACCAACCCCCUUUCUACGAAGAAUAAUUAGACCUCUUGACAUUUCAAGAACAAUAUCCUUAUCAAGAAGAAAUCCUCCCACAACUAGAGGGGCCACCGGAGCUGGAGUUAGCCAUAGCGGCCUUCACGGGCCAUCUGUAGAGCCAUGCUACAGUCCUUAACUAGAUCCAAACUAUCAUUGAGGCUGCUCGUGGAGCAGUUUUCUCAAGACACUGAGAGAUUCUUGCCCAAGAUGGACUUCAUAAUCCAAACCAUUGCCCCUUCUGGCUCUUCAUUUCUCCAUGAAUCGAAGGAGGCUGUUCAGUGCUCAACGAAGCAAACAAAGUGGGUUGAGUAAUUUUGUGCACAACUUGCUCAAGAUCGCCUUUCUGCUUCCAUACAAGAAGAGGAGGAGGAUGAAGAAAUCUAGAAGGACAUUGUGGAGCAAACAUAAGUUGUCACGGAGACCUCCCGUGAUGAUCAUGAUCAGGAAUGUCCUGUUGUAGCCGACCAUACCUUUCUACAUCCCACACCGAGCAUUGAAGAGGCGGGCAUGAGUGAGGAGAUGCAAACUGAUCUUACUGAAAACAUUGCAUGGCGACUUGCUCUCCAAUCUGUGCUAGAAGAAGAAGAGCGAGAAAGGAUGAGGAAAGAAGUUGUGGAGGAUGAAGGAAGUGAAGCAGAGGAAUUUCUUGAUCUUUUCCAAGUGGAGAUACCAAAUUCUGAGGAAGGAAGAGGGGUUGAAGAUUUAAUAGUGGUCUAGGCGAGGGAUGAAGUUGAGGUGGAAGAGGCUUGCACCGGGCAUGAGUUACAUGUAAUAUCUCCACCAAACUUAAAGGAGCUGCUUGGCAAGGACCCAUUUGCAGUGUCUUUUUGCCAGACCAAGGCCACAUCGACAUCGAUCCCUCUUGGUGGACGCGAUGGUGGUCAAUUGAUGUUGUCAUAUAUGGUUUGGCGCAAUGAGACAAGAGAAUAAGAGGUCUCGAGGGUGGAAACUUCAUCUGCAUCAAGUGCACGAGCCUACAUCACCUGAUACACCACAUGCUCGUGACUUGAGACUCCACCUCACCGACGAGAACCUCAACUUCAAUGAGGUUCUAGGUUGGACUGAAACUUAGGAGCCACCGUCCGACUAACGACGUGAAAGAAACAUUUGUUGGGAGGCAACCCAACUAGUCGGUUUGCAUUUCUUUCCCUAUUUCUCUUCGGUUGAGUCAGUUGUGUUCUUGGAUUUUAGAGUCAACAACUUAACCUUUGUGAGAUAUUUUUGUGGUUUUUGUGUUUCGAAUGCUCUCUCUACUCACCUAGAAUACACCACAUGCCCCAUCCACCAUCAUUCACACUUGAUCUGGUAACUUCGUUCUACCCUCUUUAUCUUUCCUCCAUUGAGGACAAUGUCAUGCUUAAGUGUGUGUGGGUGGGUGGGGGUGGGGUGGGGGGUGUUCCAUUGUGUUUGCUUGUGAAUGUUUUGAUGUGUUUGUGUGCUUGGAGCCUAGUCCACUGUCCAAAUUUUCGAUUUGAGGUCUCCAAUUACAGAUGUUUGCAUGAUCAUAUUGCCACUAUGGUUGAUGUGGUGAAUCGAUUGGUUGUUAGCAUUGAUGCAUGAUAACUUGUUUGUGAUUGAGACAACCUAUAAUGAUGACUGAGACGUGCAGUAGAGUUGUGUAGGGGUUUAGUUUUUCAACUGUUUGCUUACCAACUGUGGCUUGGAUUAAUCACUCAUUUUCUACAGACAUUUAUGCCUCUAGUUCAGGAAAUCAAAAUGAGAGAUAGAGCAUAUAGGUAUACAUGUGAGAUUUGAGCCUGCUCAUUUCUUUCUUGUGCGAUAGAUCCUUCUUCCAUGAUGUGUAGCACUCAUCUUGCCACUAGUUAGGAUGAUGGAUGCACAGGAUUUACCCACGACCAAAUUGACUGUCCUGGUGUGUCAUACCCCUUAGUAAACCCUUUGAGUCAUGUAACUUUCUUUCUUCGUGUCUACAGUGAAGAAUCACCCUUAUGUAUCUCGUAGAGGUUCCACAGAGUGGUUUUUGCAUGUUUUCUGCUGAAAAUAAGAUGAGGGUUGAAGGUAGUUCUUAAAAGUUGGGCAUGUGCCUGCAAGGAUAAAAGAAUGUGUAAAAG